AUGUCUUAUCCUCAGGGUUUCCUCUUCCAGCCCCCGGUGGCCCCGGUGCCCCCCCUGGCCCUGCACUCCCCCUGCCCGCCCCUGGGCUCCGGGGUCAUCCUGGGACCGGGACCGGGGUCGGGAUCCUCCAGCGGAUCCGCCUUCGCUCCGUACUGCGGCUCCGCCGCGUCGCACCUGCCGCACGGAGAGCCGCGCGCCGCCGCCGCGCUCAGCUGCUUCAUCUCCUCCUCCUCCUCCUCCUCCUCCUCCUCUUCCUCCUGUCUGCAGUACCACCCGUUCUACCCGCCGUACGGAGAGCCCGGCUACCGGAAGAGCGCCACGCGGGACGCCACGGCCACGCUGAAGGCCUGGCUGACGGAGCACCGGCGGAACCCGUACCCCACCAAGGGCGAGAAGGUGCUGCUGGCCGUGGUGACCCGGAUGAGCCUGACCCAGGUCUCCACCUGGUUCGCCAACGCCCGGCGCCGCCUCAAGAAGGAGGGCCGGGCCCGCCCCCCCAGCGAGGACGAGGAGGACGAGGAGGAGGACGCAGAGCCUCGCCGCCCGUCGGCGCUUCGGGGGGGCGGAGCCUCAGAGCGGGGGGGCGGAGCCUCAGAGCACGGCUUCAGUGAUCUGAACCUUCAGGACUCCAGAACCAACAUGUCGGACCACAUGUUGGUCCGCAGCGCCCCGUCGGGGGCCCCCCCUUCUGGCCCUACCUGGUCUGGCCCCCCCCGAUCCGGGCCCCCCCCUGCGGAGCCGCUUCGGGAGGCGUCUCCGUCCAAAGUGCUGCUGGAGUCCUGUGGAGCCACGCUGGACCGGAACCAGAACCGGAACCCGAAACCCAAACUGUGGUCCCUGGCAGAGAUGGCCACCUCGGGGGCCCCGGCCACCUCGGGGGCUCCGGCCACCUCGGGGGCUCCGGCCACCUCGGGGGCCCCAGCCACCUCGGGGGCCCCGGCCACCUCGGGGGCCCCGGCCACCUCGGGGGCCCCAGCCACAGGAAGCAGAGACUCGUCUGGGGGGGAGGGGGCGGGGCCACGGACCACCGUCCCACACCUGUACUUCCCCUCCACCCCCGUCCCCGGAUACUCCAGCUACGGCCCCGGGGGGCCCCGGACCGCUGCUGGGGGGCCCCUGAGCGGCGGCGGCCCCGGGGGGCCCCUUAGAGGAGCCGCCAACCUGUAG